CCCGGAUCGAAAUACCCUAUUUUUGACCAAUCAUUUCUAUUAUAAUCUAGUUCCCGAUGGCCCACUGUGUGGAGUUUAUCCCAGCUCAGUAUGGUUUGUUACAAACUUCCUCUUCUCCUCCCUUCACCUAAUUAAGGGUAUGUAUAUCCAUCCAUUCAAUUACGCCAUAUGAUGCAUCUAGCUUUGAUCAACACAAUAAUGGAUGAAACAAAGGACGAUAGAUGAGAUUGUCAAAGUUGGAUGAACAUAUGGAUCGACAUUGAAAGAGACAACAGAUGAACUGUGAUUAACAAUCAUUAAAUAGAUUUGAUUUAAGAUGGGUCGCGUUAUUCGUGCUCAAAGAAAAGGUGCCGGAAGUAUCUUCAAGUCUCACACCGUUGGCCGUAAGGGCGCUGCUCAACUUCGUGUUUUCGACUUUGCUGAACGUCACGGUUACAUUCGUGGUAUUGUUAAGGAAAUCGUUCACGAUCCCGGAAGAGGUGCUCCUCUUGCCAAGGUUGUCUUCCGUGACCCCUACAAGUACAAGCUCCGUACCGAAACCUUCAUUGCCACUGAAGGUAUGUACACUGGUCAAUUCGUCUAUGCCGGUAAGAAGGCUUCCUUGAACAUUGGUAACGUCUUGCCUUUGGCCUCCAUGCCCGAAGGUACUGUUAUCUGUAACGUCGAAGAAAAGGUUGGUGACCGUGGUGCUAUUGCCCGUACCUCUGGUAACUAUGCCACCAUCAUUGGUCACGGUGAAGAUGGUAAGACCCGUAUUCGUUUGCCCUCUGGUUCCAAGAAGGUCAUUCCCUCUACCUCUCGUGCCGUUGUCGGUAUCGUUGCUGGUGGUGGUCGUAUUGACAAGCCCCUCUUGAAGGCCGGUCGUGCUUACCACAAGUUCCGUGUUAAGCGUAACAGCUGGCCCAAGACUCGUGGUGUUGCCAUGAACCCCGUUGAUCACCCUCACGGUGGUGGUAACCAUCAACACAUUGGUAAGGCCUCUACCAUGGCCCGUGACUCUCCUGCCGGUCAAAAGGUUGGUUUGAUUGCUGCUCGUCGUACUGGUCUCCUCCGUGGUACCAAGAAGAUCAAGGAUGCUUAAAUCAUCAAUCAAUAAAAAAAACUACAUACAUUUUGUUUUGAUUUC